UAGCAGCUGUUUUAGGUUUGACUGAUGACGUCAAAUUAUUAUAGGAAAAAGUCAGUCACACCCUUGAGUGGCUUAAGCAGUGAACCAGUUUUGGUUCUAGUUACUAAUUUAUUAGGUUUUGGGUAGUGUUACUGUUAGGUCGUGGUGUGGACUCGUUUUUAUUUCUUAGUCUUACUCAGUAGAAUUGAGCUAUUUCACUAUGAGUAUGAACUGAAAUAGAGGCCAAACCUGGUUUUAACUCCAAGAGCUGUAAGUGCAAGUUGUAGUUGUAAGUACAAAUCUCGAGUCUUUAACUUGGAUUGCUUUUCAACAAUAAAAUUAAAUUAAAUGGAGGACAAUGUGGAGAUAGAAGAACCAGAAUUAGAGGAAGGUGAGAUUACAGAUGAUAUUCCAAAAACCAAAGAUGAUGAAAAUAAUCAAAAACAUUUAAUGGAUUUGGGCCUAUCCAUCUGUGAAUCUGAAUGUGAUACGAGUAAUAAAAAUAUUAAUAAUAGUAUUAGUACGGUUAGUAAUAGUAAUACUACUACAAGUAGCACUACUAGUACUACCGUUAGUGUUAUUGCACCUGAAAUUGGGGUAAUGCCAAAUGGAGAACUUAAAACUAAGCCUAAUCCUAGAGCUAAGCUAGUUACUCCUUCGAUUAAGCCUAAUGCUAGUACUAAUGCUAAUAGCUGUACAACUUGUUUAGAUAGCACUAGUAGUACUACUAGUCCAAUGGUAAUUCUGGAAAAUCACAUUGAGCUGUUUGGAAAAAAAGAUACAGAUCUUCGUAAAGCAGUUAAGUUAAAAAACGAAAAUGGUAAAACAUGUAUAAAGUCUGUGAGCUCAUUUGUAAGCAUAACAGAAGAUGAAAAUGUAAAAAAUGUAAGCAGCAAAACUUCCAGAUACAGUGAUCAUAAUGCUUACUUUUCUAGAAAGGAUGAUAAACCUAAUGUUCAGCAUAGAUCAUAUACAAAUAGUAAGACACAUACUUUGAAUAAUGUCAGAAGUUCUACCAAUAGUCGAUGGUUUGAGGAAAAGAAACAUUCUGGAGGAAAAAGAUGUAAGGACAUAAACAAAAUGGGUAGCAAUAGUUUACACAGUGUAAGUGAAAGACGAAAUCACACUACUUUCAAUUCAAGAAGAAGAUACACUCAUCAACUGAGGAAGGAUGAUAGGGCCAAUGAAUUUUGCUACAGUUUUAAAGACAAAAGAAUAGACCACGAGGAAGAAAGAAAACCCUAUGAUUUAAUUUCUUCACGUAUUUCAAAAAGAGAGUCAUCACACUUAACUAAACGAUUUCCAGUGUAUGGGAAGAACUUGCAAAAUGAUAGAUCAGCAAAGUUUGACACAAGUAGCAAGAAACAACCAUUGGAUGAAUUUGGAGUCAGCCUUAAAAUCAACUUGCCAUGUUUUCCACAUCAUGAGCACACAAACAAAGGUUCAAGUAAAGAAACCAGCUAUGAAGAUCUUUUGGAACAAUAUAAAAAAAUUCAAAACCAGUUAGAGGACUUGCGUCGUCAAGAGGAAAAAUCAUUCUUGGAAAAUACUAGUAACAAAGAAGCAUGUUCUAAAAAAAGUGACCAGAAUUUUUCAAGAAACCUAUCUCAAAAUCGACAGUAUUCUGCACGAGUCAGUAAGAGAAGGAGAAGGUCAUAUUCAGUCUUAAAAUUGGGCAAAAGAAGUGAGGAUAAGUCAAAGUCUUACAGAUCCAAAGAAUUAGUUGAGAAAAAAACUCCUGUCUGUCAAGAAGAUGAGGAACAUAAAACAGAUGUUUUGUUUGAAGCACCUGUGUCCACAGCAGCUGUUAAAGGGGAUGAAGAAGAAGACGAUGACUUAGAAAGUCUUCGACAAAUAGCCCUACAGUCCUAUUCACGCCAGAUAACAAAAAAAGAGAAUUUCAUCUUGGAAGAUAAAGAUGAAAAACAUGAGAAAGUGGAAAAAAUUGAAGACCAAGAUGAAAAAAGUGACAAACACUUUGCAAAUGCUUCUCAAAUUGCUGAGCUUUCUUGUCCACCACUUCCAUCAUCACCUCCUCCAGAACCACCACCACCACCACCUCCUCCUACACAUCCACCUCCAGAACAGGUAGAGGUGCUGUCAGGUGACAAUUAUGAAAUGGUUGAAAUGGAUAUUGAUAGUUUAAGUGAUGAUGAGUAUAAAGCUUGUGGAAAGCCUUCAGAGAUAGGAACAGGUGCCUACUUAACAAGUGGUGGUUCACAGGAAUGUUCAACUGUAGAUACUGAUGAGGAUGACAUUGAUGAAGUAGCUCUUAGGAAACAACUUCUGAAUACCUUAGCUACGAGAAAAGUGGUGAAAGAAACCAAUUCAAUAAAGAGACCACUGGAUAUUGAAGUUGAAGUUUUCUCUUCUACUGAAAACAGUAAUCAUGUUGAAAAGCCUGUAGAGAAACAUGAUGCAUCAGAGUUAAAAACCUCUGUAGAUAAUAUUGAUGAAAAUGAAGAUAGUUCUUAUGGAUUAUCUACAAAUGUAAAGAAGAAAUACAUACCUGAUCUUCAUUAUCCUGUUCACAAACCUCUGGUAAUCAACCUGGCUGAUGACUCAGAAAGUGACAAUUCAGAUGUUGACUCUGGCUGCAAGACAUAUAAAGUGCCUACAACAAAAUCAGAGAUACCUGCUGGUUUGGAUGAGUUUUUGAAAAUGGCAAGAAUGAAGUCUAAUGUAUCUAAUUCAGACCAGGAUAAUAAUUCUGUGACAGUGUCUAAGUUAUCAGAAGCUCAGCAACAAGAGUACAGAAAACUAAAAGCUGAAAUUGCCAAGAGAGUUCUAACUUCAAAACAGGAUGAAAAUAUUACCAUCUCAACCAGAAAUUCCCUUCCAGAAUAUCAUGGACAACAACAGAAGCAGUUAAUUGGAAAAGCACAUAAGAGGCAUGAAUUGAAUUUAAAAUUUCAUAAGUCUGUAUUACAAGCAGAACAGUCAAAACUAAUAUCACUGAAAAAACGAGCAGAAGAAAAAAAAGCUUCACUUUUGUCUGCCGAAAUCCAAGUUAAAAAACUUCAGGAGCGUGUAAUAGCAGCACAAAGAGUAGUAUCUGCAAAUAAACGCCUGGUUGAUCGAUUAACCUUCCAGAUUAGCAUGGUUGAACGUAAAAUACAGAGUGAAGCUACAAAAGUUGAGGAACUGGAAAGGUUUUUUUGCAGUAACAGUGAUAAAGAUAUUCCUGUAACUGUUCAUGUUUCUGCUUCACAACCCGUGAUGAAAAGAAGAGUAGUUUUUACUGGAAACUUCAAUAAUACUGGAAUAAAAAGACCUCGAUUAAGUUCUCUGUCUAAUCAUACUGAAAAGAAGAUAAAUUCCCAAAGUACCAGACAGAUCUAUAGUGCUGAAGAAUUAGCAGAAAAGAAACGGCAACUUCAGCAGAAGGAAAGAGAGUUAGCUUCACAGCUCAUGCAGAUGAAAUUAAAUAUUCAAAAUAGCUCAUCUUCUACACCAAAUAGUCCUGCCCGCCUGGGCUCUAAACAAAGAAUAGUUGAGGAAAAGAAAAACUCAUGCAACAGGAAAGUAAUUUCAAAUGUUUUGUCCCAACAUGUGACAAGUAAAACAAAUAGUAACUCUGCUAGUCAUAGUAAAGUGAAAAUAGAUGAAGAUGAAAAUAUUACUCCAGUACAAAAUGUUAUGGAUCAAGACAACAAGUCUUUAGUGUCCUGUGAUUCUGUUAACACAUCACCAUUAUUUUCUGAAAAUUUGGAGGCUCAAGCAGCAUCUAAACAACAGUUGGAUAAAUUAAUGCAAAGCUUAAGGGCCAAAAGUGUUUCAGCUCAGAGUAGUUUCAUCUGUCCAACAUUUCUACAUUCUUAUCAGCUGAACCGUUUUUUUUAUCCAAAAAUUUGUCAAGAUGAUGAAGUGAGAGUUCCUUCACAAGAUGAGUCAACUGAUGAUAGUGAAAGACUGAAAUUACGAUCCAACUGGGUUCAUUACAGCAGUCCACUUGUACAUAUGAAGUCAUACAGGCUUAACCCUCAUUUCUCCAAACACAUGUUCCAGGAAUGUAGUAGCUCAACAUACUCAAAUCACAUAAAUCCACUGACCCACUUGUGUCGUUUUGAUCUUCUAGGAACUUGUAAUGAUGAUCAGUGUACAAGACAGCAUGAAGCAAAUUACAAAGUUUUACCUCAAGAUGUUCUCUUGGACUUGCUGUGUUAUUGUCCUAGCUUGUGUGGAGUUUCUGAAAAUGACAGCACAGAAGAUGGUCUAAGUAAAUUAAAAAAGUAUGUUGAAGUAUUCUGUGAAUCUUGUUCAGAUCUGUCAUUAGAGGAGAAGUGUGAAAAACUUGUGAAAAGAAUUAAUGUAGAACUACAAAAUGGGCCAACGAGCUAUGUUAUUCUUCAGAAAAGAAAGUUUCCUCCGAAGCAUUUAAAUAAGAAUUGUAGUGAAUCGGAUGGAACAUUGAAGCUUAAUAUAAGAACAACAGAAGAAAAACUACAGCUAACUAAAACCGAUUAUGAUCCAGAUGCUGUAAUUUUGGAAUCUGAUUCUCGCUAUUUUAAAUCAGAUUGUAAAGGUUUGGCAGGACUUGAGGCUGCAGUUCAUGAAAGUCCUCAUAACAUUCAGCUGUGGUUGAAACUAGCAUAUCACCAUUUUCACAAUCAUACAAGAAAAGAUAUCAGUAACCUUGACCAAGCUCUGAAUAUUCUCUCACGUGGUCUAGAAAGUAACCAAGCUGACCCUGAAUUGUGGAAGCAUUAUCUGACUCUGUAUGCUGAACGUGAUGAGAGUAAAGAUAUUUUACAGCUGUGUCAGCAAGCAUUAAAUUUUUGUCCUCAUUAUGAAGUUUGGUGGAAGUAUCUUCAGUUAGCUGAAGGAUACCAUGAGAAACAGGGUAUCUGCAACGAGAUUCUUCAGUUUUUACUUUUGGAGGAACAGCAAGAAAGGACUGAUACAGAUAAAAGUAUUCGUUCUCAUCAAAUUUUGGAAGUGUUAUUAUUUCAGUCACAAUUAAAUGUGCAAAGUGGACACUACAGAAAUGCUGUAGAUUUCCUGGAGAAAACACUGAGACUUGACAAGCAAGACCAAAAGUCUAAUUUUGAAGAUGAUUUAGAAGAACAAGUGCCCUCAUUGAGAAUAAGUGAUGAAAAUAGGUCUGAAAAUGAAUCUAGUUUUUCAAAUAGCUGUGGUGAACUUUUCAAUAACGAUAGCUCAAUUUUUAUAGAAAAAGAACCUGUAACUGAAAAAAUGUAUGGAGUUAAAGAAAACCUUUCAGGGGAAAAUGUGAUGUCUGAGCAUGAUAUUGGCCAAUGUUCUAGAACUUCUGUUACAAAGGUAUAUAGCCCACUUAGAAAAUUGAUGGUAUCAGAAGACCUUUGCUUAGCUUGGAUGUGUUAUAUUCAUCUUAUUGAAUUUCAUAGCCUCCCAUCUUUUCUUUUUCCUGUUGAACAAGAUGCACCGGGCAGAUUGGGUUGUAAGGAUCCAUUCUUGAUUCCAUGGCAUCACCACUCACCCCUUCAAACAUCCUACAAUUCUCUCUUAAAACUAUUUAAGGAUGCUUUACAGUCUUGUUCCUCUCAGUCAUCAAGGAAAAGGAAUAUUCAAAUAUGCUUACCAUUGUACCAAAACCUGAUCUUUCUAGAAUUAAACUGCAAUAGGUUUAGUUCAGCAGUUUGUAUUUGUCAACGGCUGAUACAAGAGUUCCCAACUAUAGUAGAUCUAUGGUUACUACUGGCAGGAUUGUAUGUGCAAAAGUCAAUGGAUGCUGAAACACGGCAGGUUUUCCAGGAGGCCACAUCCAGUGUAUCUUAUCAUCCUCGCUUAUGUCAUGCAGCAGCACUGUAUGAAAUCAGUAGGAAUAACAAGAAAAAUGCCAAAGAGUAUCUGUAUAACUGUGCAAAGGAAUAUUUUAUUAUACCUCAGGAAGAUAGUAGUUUAGGCUCAUUUUGUCUCCAAGCUGAAGCAUUGUACAGUGAACUGUUGGGUCAGCCAGUUUUUGAAUCACAGCUCCUUCCACAAAGGAACACUGAUAGAGAAUUAUUGGAAGAAGACGUUGGUAGUCUGUGGUUAAAUUACAUAUGCCUUUUACAGUGCCAAGAUGUCAGCAGUGACAAGAUUUCAGAACUGUUUGAAACAGCUAUAGGCUGUGUUAACUCUACAUGUACUUCCAGGGAAAUAUGGUGGGAGUAUUUUUUUCUCCAAGUUGCCUUAAUUGGAAAGACAUCAAACAAACAAACUGCUGUGAGAGCAUUAACUAAGUUAGCACAUCGCUGUCUGAUAUCCGUAACAACAAAAUUUUCAUUUCCUCAUUUGCCCAGUAAGCAGUGGAAUAACUAUAUUUUCCAUAAUGCAGUUGUGGAUUUGUAUUGCAAGUGUUUGGGUGAUAAGAAAGAAGAAUGUACUGCACUUGAUAUGUUUGUCAGGUGGAUGCCAGCAAACACUGAUUUAUUAGAAAGGACUAUACAGACUCACCUUUUUUUGGGUGACUUAGAUGGUGCAGAUGUGUUGCUGUCACAUACCCUUCCCAGCAAAGUGUCAAGCAAAAGUUUGUGGAAAAUAGCCAUAUAUAUAGCUAUACAAGACCAAAACCAUAAAAAGGUCCAUCAGCUUUAUCAUCAAGCAGUUCAAGUUUUGCCAUAUAGUGCUUCUUUGUGGAAAGAGUUUAUUCUGUAUGAGCUGUCCCAAGAACAUGUUACUCAUGCAAACCAAGCUUUUGAAGAAUGCAGCCGUUUAGGAAUUAAUGGAGUUCAAGAAUACAUCAACUCUUUGUUGAUGUCGUCUGUGAAUGAGAAGAAGUCAGAUUGAAAUGGUACAUAAAUCAAGUCAAGGCAACUCAAGAUUUUGGGAAAAUAAAUCACUAACCAAAGGUAACUGUAAAUAAACUUCAACUAUUUACACAUUAAUAAAAAAAAUUAAUUUUUUUUCUUUUUAUUUGUUAUCAGUUUUCACUUUCAAA